AUGAAGUUCCUCGUGACUCUGAGCCUCGCGGCCCUGGCGGCCGCCACCCCGGUGGUGGUGACCAAGAAGGAUGUGUCGGAUCCGGUAGUCGGCCUGGCCGUGGUCGAGAAGCGCCAGCGUACGGGCACUACCGCCAAGGAGUUCAGCCAGGGCGGGUGCCGCGAUAACAUUUUCGUGUUUUCUCGCGGUUCGACGGAGAUCGGGAACAUGGUAUGCUUCUUGACCCCUUCGACCCUAUUACAUUUCUUGCUCCUAUUCCUGAUAUCUACACUACUGUCACCAUACCCCUUUCCUUCUUCUCACACCAAGCCUGCUCGACAUACACCACAAGACAUCAGAGCCUAUCCUACCACAACUCUAUCAGGAAACAGACCACGGCUAACCCGUCCCCAACUCCAGGGCACCAUCUGCGGCCCGCAGACCUCCGACGGCCUCAAGGCCGCGCUCGGCGACGACGCCGUAGCAACCGAGGGCGUCGACUACGACGCGGCGCUCGCGACCAACUUCCUCGACGGCGGCGCGAACCUGGCAGGCAUCGCGAUCAUGACCGACAUCAUCAACCAGGCGGCGUCCGACUGCCCCAAUUCGAGCGUUUUGGUUGGGGGUUACAGCCAGGGCGCGGCGAUGGUGCACCGCGUUGUCGAGUCGCUGGAUCCCGCCGUGCAGGACCAGAUCGCGGGCGUCAUUACGUUCGGCGAUACGCAGAACGCGCAGGACGACGGUCAGAUCAACGGCUUUGAUGCUGAUAAGCUGUUGGUCAUUUGUAACACUGGGGAUGCGGUCUGUGAUGGGACUUUGAAUAUCCUCCCAGCGCACCUAGACUACACGCGCCGCGCCGACGAGGCCGUCGAAUUCCUGGUCGGGAAGGUGCAGUCUGCGGCCGCGAAGAGCAAGUCCAAGAGGGCCUAG